AUGGAAAACCUACUGCAGGGGAUUCCCUUUGUGGUUGUGCGAGUGGAUGAUAUUUUGGUCUCUGGUUCGAAUGAUGAGGAACAUUUAGCAAAUUUAGAAGAAGUUCUAAAACGGUUGUCAGAGCAUGGGUUACGCCUAAAGAAGAAGAAGUGUGCCUUCAUGGUGAACGAGGUGGUGUAUUUAGGCCAGAAGAUAAAUAGCCAAGGAAUACAACCAGUCCAAGAGAAAGUCAGAGCCAUCACCAAUGCAUCGGCACCGACGAAUGUGUCUGAAGUUCGAUCAUACUUGGGAAUGAUCAACUAUUACCAAAAGUAUUUACCAAAUUUAUCAACGAUUCUGGCACCACUGCACAGCCUGUUGGAAAAAGGAAAAAGUUGGAAAUGGAGUGAAGAGCACCAAGAGGCAUUUAGAAAAUCCAAAGAGUUAUUGAAGUCCUCACAUCUAUUGGUGCAUUAUGACCCGGAGAAGGAGUUAGUACUGGCUUGCGAUGCCUCACCAUAUGGCUUGGGGGCUGUUUUGUCACACCGGAUGGAAGACAACACAGAACAACCAAUUGCAUUUGCCUCGAGAUCACUGUCCGCAGCUGAAAAAAACUAUUCUCAACUAGCUAGCCAUUGUAUUUGGUGUCAAGAAAUUUCACCAGCACGUGUAUGGUCGACAUUUCACCAUACUGACAGAUCACAAACCGCUUGAGCGGGUACUUCAUCCGGAUAAAAUGACACCACCAAGGGCUGCAGCUUGAAUUCAGCGGUGGGCCUUAAUUUUGUCUGCGUAUGACUACGCCAUUCAGUACAAAGAAGGAAUUCAGAAUGCAAAUGCUGAUGCCCUCAGUAGAGUACCAUUGCCAGAAACCCCAGGUUCAACACCAGUUCCUGAAGAAACAAUCUUACUCAUGGAACUAUUGGAGACAACUCCAAUAAGAGCAGAGCAAGUGAAGAACUGGACAAAGAGAACUCCUAUACUUGCUAGAGUUUUGAAAUUUAUUAAACAAGGUUGGCCUAGCAAGUGUCCAGAUGGGGAGUUUCAACCAUAUUUUCAACGACGAGACGAGCUGAGUGUUCAAGACGACUGUAUACUUUGUGGAAACAGAGUGGUUGUUCCACCCCAAGGAAGAAGGCAAGUGGUUGACGAAUUACAUGAAACCCACCCAGGAAUAUGUAAGAUGAAAAGUCUAGCAAGAAGCUACGUGUGGUGGCCAAACAUGGAUAACGAUUUGGAAAACAAAGUACGAACGUGCAACAACUGCCAGAUAAAUAGAAAGAAUCCUCCUGAAGCGCCACUGCACCCGUGGGAAUGGCCAAGCCGACCAUGGGAAAGAAUUCAUAUUGACUAUGCUGGUCCAUUCUUGGGGAAAAUGUUCCUCAUCAUGGUCAAUGCGUACUCAAAAUGGCUCGAAGUGCAUCCAACGAAUGUGGCAACAUCGAGAGCAACAAUUGAAAAACUUCGAUCAACAUUUGCAAUCCACGCACGGCCUUCUUAA